UGAACUGCACAGUGAGGAGGGGACAGUGUCUCUGCUGAGCUGAGCUCUGCGGGCACAGGGACCCCCGUCUUCCUGACGCGUCUCCUGUAACUGGAUGCCCACUGUCCAGGGGAAGAACCACAAGGAGGCUACUGACGUGGCAACCUGGUGAGAGAUGACCAACCUCCCAGUGACCACGCCCUAUGUGUCUAUCACCCUCAGGACACCCUGGUCUCUUCCUUCUGCACAGCUUGGUUCAGAGAGGAGACACCAUGCCCCCCACCCUCAUGGCCCUGCUCUGUCUGGGGCUGAGCCUGGGCCUGAGCACUCCAGUGCAGGCAGGGACCCUCCCCAAACCCACCCUCUGGGCUGAGCCAGGCCCUGUGAUCUCCCAGUUGAGCCCUGUGACCAUGUGGUGUCAGGCGUCCCUGCAGGCCCAGGAGUUCCAUCUGGAUAAAGAAGGAAGCCGAGCACCCUGGGAAGAACGAAAGCUACAGGAUCCGGGGAACAAGACCACGUUCCCCAUCAGACAGAUGACAGACCUCACUGCAGGGAGAUAUCGCUGUUACUAUCUCAGCCAAGGUGACUGGUCAGAGCACAGUGAUCCCCUGGAGCUGGUGGUGACAGGAGUCUCCUACUACAGCAAACCCAGGCUCUCAGCCCUGCCCAGCCCUAUUGUGACCCCAGGAGGGACCGUGACUCUCCAGUGUGGCUCAUGGCAGGGAUUUGACAGGUUCAUUCUGACCAAGGAAGGAGAGGACAGGCUCUCCUGGACCCUGGACUCAAAGCAACACCCCAGUGGGGAGUCCCAAGCCCAGUUCUCUGUGGGUCCAAUGACUCCCAGCCACAGGUGGACAUUCAGAUGCUAUGGCUAUUACAGGGACAGCCCACAAGUGUGGUCACGGCCCAGUGACUCCCUGGAGCUUGUGAUCCCAGGUGGCUCAGGGAAACCCUCCCUCCUGACCCAGCAGGUCCCCAUCGUGGCCAAUGGACAGAGCCUGACCCUCCAAUGUCACUCUGACAUCAGCUAUGACAGAUUUGCUCUGUUCAAGGAAGGGGGACAGGGUCUCCUCCAGAUCAAUGCUCUGCAGCCCCAGGCUGGGCUCUCUCAGGCCAACUUCCUCCUGGACACUGUGAGCAUCUCCCAUGGGGGCCGUUACAGGUGCUAUGGUGGACACAACCUCUCCUCUGAGUGGUCAGCCCCCAGUGACCCCCUGGACAUCCUGGUGGCAGGAUGGCUCCCUGACAGACCCUCGCUCUCGGUGCAACCAGGAGCCAUGGUGGCCUCAGGAGAGAAUGUGACCCUGCUGUGUCAGUCAUUGAGCUGGAGGGACACUUUCCUUCUGUCCAAGGAGGGGGCAGCCAGUCCCCCGCUGCGUCUCAGAUUACAGUCCCGAGCUCAGCAGCACCAGGCAGAAUUCUCCAUAAGUCCUGUGACGUCUGCCCACGGGGGGACCUAUAGGUGCUACAGUGCAAAUCAUGAUAGUCCCUACCUGCUGUCACAGCCCAGUGACCCCCUGGAGCUCCUGGUCUCAGCCCAAGGUCUCCAAUGGUACUGGAAUGUGGUGAUCGGAGUCUCAGUGGCCCUCGUCCUACUGCUCUUCCUCCUCCUCCUCUUCCUCCUCCUUCGACACCAGAAUCAAAGCAAAGGCAGGACAUUGGGGGCCACAGACCAGGAUUCCAAGGACAGAGGCCUGCAGACCAGAUCCAGCCCAGCUGCAGAUGCCCAGGAAGAGCCCCUCUAUGCUUCUGUGAAGGACCCACAGCCUGGGGAGGGCAUGGAGCUGGACCCUCAGCUGAACAGGACCCAUGACGAUCCCCAAGGAGAGACGUGUGCUCAGGUGACCCACUCAACAUCAAGGCAGAUGCAAAGAAUGGCCUCCUCACCUUCCCCCCUGUCAGAAGAAUUGCUGGACAUGAAGGAUAGACAAGCAGAAGAGGACAGAGAGGUGGACAGUCAGGAUGCUGUACCUGCUGCCCCCCAGGAUGUAACCUACGCCCAGCUGACCCACUUGGGCCUCAAACAGGAGGCAAGUGCACCCUCUUCCUCCCCAUCAGAGGAGCCCCCAGAUGUGCCCAGUGUGUACGCUGCUCUGGCCGUCCACUAGCCCCAGAAGGACCCUAACCCCACAGUCCAGGGAGAGGGCCUACAGGGACCCCAGAAGGCAUAGGAGCUGCCCCAAGGACACUCACUAGUGACCCAAGUCGGCCUGGAGACCUGACAUGGACCCCCAGCAGCUUCAACUGAUUUUUCUGUUGAAGAUAAAUGACACCCAAACAUUUUGUAGUCAAAGCAGUAGCCUUAUCAAUAAUCAGAGUGUUAACUGAUUAUUGAGAGGAAGCGAGAGAAUGUUUAAAUUAAUAACAUAAAUAUUAUAUACUAAAUGUAUGAAAUAAGAAAAUUAAGAAGCACGAGAAAUCUGUUAGAAAAUAAAAGCCUAAAAUAAAUGACCUAGUUUGUUUUAUCAAGUACAUAAAAUUAACUGUACACCUGAAACCUCUAUAAUUUUUAUUAAUAAAUGUCAUGCCAAUAAAUUCAAUAAAGAAGAACUUAGAGAAAGAAUAGCAAGUUAGUAUAAAUGGCAGUAGAAGGAGGGAUAUAAUAAUGAGCAGAUACCAAUGAAGACAAACAAACAUAGAGAAAAGGCAACAAAACCAAAAGUUUUCAUUCUGAAAACGUCAAUCACACUUCCAAAGUCUACUCCAUUGGACAUGGGACAGAGAGAAGACACUUGUCACCUCUACUAGGACAGCAUUAUAGAUCUUACGGACUUGGAAUAGCUAACAGAACACUAUAAACAAUUUGAUACCAAUGUAUUAGAACACAUAGUUAAAAUGGACACCUUCCAGUGGACAAUUUACUAAGGAGACAUAAAAUUAAUGGAAGUUUUGUAUCACCUUAUGUGUACAUUAAAUACACUGACUUUGUAAUAAGAAACUGUUCUAUGACUGAUCACUGUGGAAUAGAAAAAAAGUCAAAGUAGUAAAAACAAAGAAUAGAGUGUGAAUUACCAGCAGUGGAAGGGAGGCGAAAUGGGGAGAUAUUGGUUAAAAUGUACAAACUUCCAGCUAAAAGACUGACAAAUUCCAGGGCUGUAAUGUACAGCAUGGUGAUUGUAGCUACUAACACUGUAUCAUAUUUCUGAGUGUUGUUACUAAGAGAGUAGAUAAUAAACGUUCUCACCA